AUGGACAAUCAGGCAGUGGCUUCUCCUCCUCUAGAAGGCCUCAUAGAGCCACCUGGCCCUGCAGCACCAAUUCAUGCCAGCUCAUGGCCAGGCAGUGGCAUCCACUCCUCUGACAAGCCUUCAAAAGCAGCUUGGUCCCCCAUCCUGCAUCCAGGCUCACCAGUUUUCAGCCCAAAAUCUGGUCAGGCAGCACACCACCCCCUGAGAGAGACAACCUUAGAGCUAUUCACACAGGAUUGGUCUUGUAACCAGUUGGGCAGCAACUCUAUGCCUCAGAGAGACUACCAAACAGCCAGUUGGCCCUCCACACCCACACUCUCCCAGCUCAACAACAAGGGAUGCUUGACUUUCAGGGAUGUGGCCAUAGAAUUCUCUCAGGAGGAGUGGAAAUGCCUGGACCGAAACACUCUUCCUGACCUGAAUAUUAUCUCCAUGAUGGAGCAAGGGAAAGAGCCCUGGACUGUGGAGAUCCAAGUGAAAAUAGCAAGAAAACCAAAGGGGAGGGAAUGGAUCAAAGGUGGGAACACAGAUAUCUCUCCUAAAUGUGUGAACAUGGUAUUAUCACCAAAAGGGAAAAGUAAUACAGGAGAAGUAUUUCACAAAGUGAUUUUGGAAAGACAUGACAGCCGUAACGGUGAAGAUUUUUGCUUCAGAAAAAUCCAGAGAAAUAUGCAUGACUUUGAGUGUCAGUGGAGAGAUGAUGACAGAUAUUACAAUGGAGUGCCCAUGAUAAAAAAAGAAAAUCUUAUUGGUAGAACAGAUAAAUAUGAUAGAAGGGAAGCAGAAAACAAACCUAUUAAAAAUCACUUUGGAUUAAACUUUCACUCGCAUCUGCCUCAACAGCAGCUAUUUCAAGCCAAACAGAAAAUUUAUAACCAUAAUGGAAUUCAGAAAGCUAUCAACAACAGAUUCUCAGUUUCUCCACCCCAAAGAAAACCUUCAAGUGUCGAAAUUCUUAUUUCUAAUAAAUAUGGAACUGAUUUUAUCUUUUCUUCCUCACUAACUCAAGAUCAGAAAAUACACAUUAAGGAAAAACUUUGCAAAUGUAAUAAGUGUGGCAAAGCCUUUAGUGAUAGUUUAACACUUACUAAACAUCAAGUAAUUCAUAAUAGAGAAAAAUCUUACAAAUGUAAUGAAUGUGGCAAGGUCUUCAGUCAAACGUCAACCCUUGCAAGUCAUCACAGAAUUCACACUGGAGAGAAACCAUAUAAGUGUAGUGAAUGUGGCAAGGUCUUCCGUAAAAAUACACACCUUGCAGUUCAUCAGAGAAUUCAUACAGGAGAGAAACCUUACAAGUGUAAUGCGUGUGGCAAAGCCUUUAGUGAUAGUUCAGUUCUAACUAACCAUCAGACAAUUCAUACUGGAGAGAAACCUUACAAAUGUGAUGAAUGUGGCAAGGUCUUCAGUCAAAGGUCGAGCCUUGCAAGUCAUCGGAGAAUUCAUACUGGAGAGAAACCUUACAAAUGUAAUGAGUGUGGCAAGGUCUUUCGUAAAAAUGCACACCUUGCAGUUCAUCAGAGAAUUCAUACAGGAGAGAAACCUUACAAGUGUAAGGAGUGUGGCAAAGCCUUUAGUGAUAGUUCAGUUCUAACUAACCAUCAGACAAUUCAUACUGGAGAGAAGCCUUACAAAUGUGAUGAAUGUGGCAAGGUCGACUUCAGUCACAGGUCAUACCUGGCAGGUCAUUGGAGAAUUCAUACUGGAGAAAAGCCUUACAAAUGUAAUACAUGUGGCAAAAGCUUUAGUGAUAGUUUAAAUCUUACUAAACAUCAAGUAAUCCAUAAUGGAGAAAAAUCUUACAAAUGUAAUGAAUGUGGCAAGGUGUUCAGUCAAAGGUCAAGCCUUGCAAGUCAUCGGAGAAUUCAUACUGGAGAAAAACCUUACAAGUGCGAUGAGUGUGGCAAGGUCUUUCGUAAAAAUGCACACCUUGCAGUUCAUCAGAGAAUUCAUACAGGAGAGAAACCUUACAAGUGUAAUGCGUGUGGCAAAGCCUUUAGUGAUAGUUCAGUUCUAACUAACCAUCAGACAAUUCAUACUGGAGAGAAACCUUACAAAUGUGAUGAAUGUGGCAAGGUCUUCAGUCAAAGGUCACACCUGGCAAGUCAUCGGAGAAUUCAUACUGGAGAGAAACCUUACAAAUGUAAUGAGUGUGGCAAGGUCUUCAGUCAAACCUCAAGCCUCACAGGUCAUCGCAGAGUUCAUACUGGAGAGAAACCUUACAAGUGUAAUGAGUGUGGCAAAGCCUUUUAUACACAUUCAAGCCUAACUACCCAUCAGGCAAUCCAUACUGGAGAAAAACCUUACAAAUGUAGUGAAUGUGGAAAGGUCUUCCGUCAAAAUGCACACCUUACAAUUCAUCAAAGAAUUCAUACUGGAGAGAAACCUUACAAGUGUAAUGAAUGUGGCAAAGCAUUUAGUGCAUCUUCAACCCUAAGUACCCAUCAAGUAAUCCAUACUGGAGAAAAACCUUAUAAAUGUAAUGAAUGUGGUAAGGAAUUCAGUCAAAGGUCACACCUGGCAGGUCAUUGUCGAAUUCAUACUGGAGAAAAACCUUACAAAUGUAAUGAAUGUGGCAAGGUCUUCAAUCAGACUUCGAGCCUUGCAAGUCAUCGGAGAACUCAUACGGGAGAAAAACCUUACAAGUGUAAUGAGUGUGGCAAAGCCUUUAGUAUUCGUUCAAGUCUAGGUACCCAUCAGAUAAUUCAUACUGAAGAAAAACCUUAUAAAUGCCAUGAGUGUGACAAGGUCUUCAAGCACAGUUCACUCCUCACACAACAUCAGAGAAUACAUUCUUGA